GUGAGUGAAAGCGGACGUAAUGUAUGAAUGAAUGCCGGAAUCAAAACAUACAACUCAUUGACUGUUGUGCUGAAGACUUGAUCCCAACAGUGAUGGACACGAUGUCGACCACAACUGCGGACACAAAUCCGUUGUCCAAUAAAAUCAAUAAAAUACUGAAUAAACCGAUGGAUCGGGAGACGUUGGAAGCGCUGACGUGUGUCUCAUCGGUGGUAAAGGAUAAUAACCUCCACAGCCGUCGCAAUCUUCGCACAGACAUCGAGAGACAAAGUCUGACCAUUAAUGAAGAGUUUGUCAAA